AUGAAUCAUUUUGAUAUUCAAUUAAAAAAAAGAGAAAUAUAUGAAUAUAAAAUUCUUAAAUUGCUUAGAGCAAAUAAUGAUGGUGGAAUAGAUUUAACUAGAAAUUAUAACGAAGUAUUUUUUGCUAUUCAAGCAAAGUAUAGAAAGGAUCAUCAUAAUGAACAAGCUGAAAAUAUUGAGAAAUUUGAUAAAGCUCUUGAAUCAUAA